GGCCCCUUCCGCAGGUUACACAGGCUUCCUCAGUGGUCUCCCCCCCCUCAAUCUAAGCCGAGUGGUAGACCCCAGUCUAGGACUAGCUCCCAGCCAAAUGAAGCAGCGCUCGCGAGCUGCUGUCCAAGGCAUCCUCCAGAGCAGCAGCGGAAGGAGGAGGGAGCUCUCGCCGCCCGCCGCCAGCAUCGCGCCAGCCCCGGUUCCCCGAAGAAGCCGGCCGGUUUGCCCAGGCUGCCGCUUUGCCCCUUGCUCCGGCUCCUCCGUCACGCAACUCUUGGGCAAGAGCCUGCGGGGUGAGGGUCUCCCUCCUCCCCGCCACCUACCUCCAGUAUUCUCGCCGGGACAAAGCCAUGAAGCCGGCGCUGCUGGAAGUAAUGAGGAUCAAUCGGCUUUGCCGGAUGGUUUUGGUCACUUGCUUGGGAUCCUUCGCCCUCGUCAUCUUCUAUUUCCAAAGUAUGUUGCAUCCAGUAAUACGUAGGAAUAGCUUUGGGAUGGACAUCUGCUGCCGAAAAGGAUCAAGAAGCCCAUUACAAGAACUCUACAACCCAACCCAGUUGGAAUUAUCCAGCACGGCAAUCCUUCAUCAAAUCCGCAGGGAUCAAGUGACAGAUACAUGCCGAGCCAACAGCAUGUCCAAUAAGAAACGCCGUGUGCUGACACCUAAUGAUCUCAAACAUUUAGUGGUUGAUGAAGAUCAUGAACUGAUUUAUUGCUAUGUCCCCAAAGUGGCCUGUACCAACUGGAAAAGAGUCAUGAUGGUGUUGACUGGGAGAGGAAAAUACACCGAUCCAAUGGAGAUACCAGCAAAUGAAGCCCAUAUCUCAUCCAACUUGAAAACACUCAACCAGUACAGCAUCCCAGAGAUCAACCAUCGCUUGAAAAACUACAUGAAGUUCUUGUUUGUCCGUGAGCCUUUUGAGAGACUGGUGUCGGCCUACAGAAACAAAUUCACCCAAAAAUAUAACACCUCCUUUCACAAGAGAUAUGGUACCAAAAUCGUGAAGCGCCAAAGGAAAAAUGCGACACAGGAGGCUCUGCAGAAAGGUGAUGAUGUAAAAUUUGAAGAGUUUGUGGCUUAUCUCAUAGACCCGCAAACUCAAAGAGAAGAGCCAUUUAAUGAACACUGGCAAACUGUCUUUUCUCUGUGCCAUCCUUGUCACAUCCAUUACGACCUCAUAGGGAAGUACGAGACUCUUGAGGAGGAUUCCAAUUACAUCCUUCAACUAGCAGGAGUAGGAAACUAUCUCAAGUUCCCCACUUAUGCAAAGUCUACAAGAACUACUGAUGAAAUGACUGCAGAGUUCUUCCAGAACAUCAGUUCAGAGCACCAGACACAGCUCUAUGAAGUCUACAAACUUGAUUUUUUAAUGUUCAAUUACUCAGUGCCAAGCUACCUGAAACCAGAAUGAAAUGUGGAUACCCAGAGAAAGAAAGAAAGCUGUUUAAUUUAAGAUUUUUUUUUUAUUUGUCAUAAUUAUGUAUGAAGAAUUGGUUAUUUUGUAAGUUAAUAUUUUUCUCUCUCUUUUUUUAGUAAUGCUGCGAGCAGCAUAGUUGGAAAUUUAUUAUUUAAAUGGUUGGUAAGAAAGGACAGCCUUGUUUGCAGGGUAAGAAAAUUGCAGUGACAAUAGCUCUAGAUGUGACAAGUAAGUGCUACACUGUUUUGGGGUGGAAAUGUUCCUUUUGCCCUGAUUUAUUUUUUUAAUUCUUUUUUCUCUUUUUUUUGCAUUCUUAAUAAAUCCGAGCCUUUAGGUUAUUUAUGCUUACAAAAUAGAUUCCUCAUUAAAAGCUGAAAUGCAAUGCUGUUUAGGCAAAAAAAGAAAAAAAAAAGAAAAAAAAGUUUCUUGUGUUCUUAUUGCCGGAGUUUUCCUCUGCCAUAAUAUUAUUUUAUUAUUUGGGGGAGGGGGGAUAAAUGUGCUCAUAAAAUUGGAAAUGUUGCAAUGGGCAGUAGGGCUCGGGGGCUACCAUAGAUUUAUGGAUUUCUGAUUCUCUGCUUUGCAAGACGUAUAAAGAUACAUGCAUUUGGGUCUCAGAACAUUUAGACCAAUAGUGGGUUCCACUUACCUUUGCUGCUGGUUCGGAACUGUGAGCAGGCGCGCAUGGGCGUGGGUGCUUCUGCGCAUGCGCAGAGCAUCCGCGAUGACGUCCGGGUGGGCGGGCGGAGCUUCCCGCCCCUGCCACUACGGGUUCGCCAGAACCGGGACGAACAGGUAGAAGCCCACCACUGAUUUAGACCAUUAAAAUGUCACAUUUGUGCACCCCAAAUAUCAAUAGGAGAAGGAAGGAAAUGUCCUGGAAAGUGAUGGCAUGACUCACUCUCUUGUCUCCUAAAGGGGACAAUGAAGCCAGAGACUAUUUAAAGUUAUUUGUGACUCCCAGUUAUCCUUAGAAGAAAUCCUAGUCCGAUAGGCAAUUCAUUCUGAUGAAAUGAUCACGUGCGAGGAGGCAUCAUCGGAUGGUUAGACACAAACCUUUCAGAGACAGAAUAUUCUUAGGGAUCCAACUGAUUGUUUCGAUGUAACAAAAUUACAGUAGCAUUUUUUCCUAUGAAUGAGACUUAAGAUUUUUUUCCCCCAGAGGAUCUGAGACUGGUCAGAGCACAAAAGAAUCUUUGGCGUUUUUCCUAUUCAAUUAAACUUCAUCACUUGCUUUGCUUCAUAACAUAUCUGAGCAAUAGAAUGACAUGGUACCUAUACAGGAUUUCUCAGAUCUAUACACUGCUGUUUGUAUCCAUCAUUCCUCAGCUUGGGUCUUUGGAGAAGAUCAUUCCACGAAAGGGGAAAGGGGAAGAAUGGGCCCCUUACGCCCCACAGAUUUAAAUGACACCCCAAUCCUAAACUUCAUACCAUAGCAAAGAAUAAUCUGCAAUUUAGAGGUGCUUUUCCUGUAAAAGUCUAUCAUGUUCUGAAUUAUAGCAAAAUUUUAAAAGGCUCAUUGCAUAGACUGCGAUAUUAAAUAAUACCUAAUCUUCUUUUAGGUGGUUACCUAUAUUCUAGAAUAACAGGAGAAAAAAAAAUCCUGCAGUAAUGCAACUUUAUCUCAGUUCCAGACCUCAACAAUAAUUAUUUUUAAAGAAAGUGAUAUUAUGAUGUUAUUUUUUAUCAUUGGGAAGAAGAAGAAGAAACACUGAUUUUUACAUAUAAGUAUGUACACGUAAACACACACACACACACACACACACAAAUAUUGAAAGUCUGUGACUGAAUGAAAUGUAUAUUGUAUAGAGAGAAGUAUAUUCAAAAUUCUACUUUGCUGGUCAUGUUAAAAUUAUUUCUGCAAUCCUACUUCUUUGAUUUCAAGAUGUGUAAUAAUGAUGAUUUUUUUUUAUAAAUAGCUGUAGUAAUAUUAUUUAGGAUCCCAGUUCUCUUAAGUAGUUGGUUAAUGUGUUCUCCCGCUCUCACACACACACACACGUAACUGUGAUUUAGUAGGUUUAUUAAUAUUCCCCUGCAAUUCCGUUCACCAAAAACCCAGAACUGUCCCAAAUAAGUCCAACCAUAAGCAAACCAAUGCUAGUCUACAAGCAAUGGCCAAUGAGGCCACAAGGCACUUGAAAGUCUCCCAGUCAAAAUAAACUCACAAGGCAAAAUUAAAUCCACAAUACAAGAGGGUUCAUGAAGCAAUCAAAGUCUAGAGUUCAUAAGGCACGAUGCAAGUCAAGGCACAUUGUCAAUCCAAGCAAGGCAAGAAUCACAACAAAUGAACAUGUUGUUCCCAGCAUCACUUCCAUCUGUCUGCUGUGCUAGAUAGCCAGCAUCUGGUGCAGCCCAUCAAGAAGGAUGAGGCUUUCCCUUCGUGAGUAGUCUGGGUGAUCUUUUCUUUUCCUGCCCUACAAGUUCUUGGAUCAGGUGCAGAAGGCAGUUCCUCUUCCUCAUCACUGAUUGGCUGCAGCUGCAUGCUUUCUCCACCUGAAGCCUCAGGGCUGUCCUGCUGCAGCUGUGCUUCAGCCAAAUCCCUCUCAGGCGGCUGCUUGGAGCCAUUAACCAACUCCCCUCCAGACGUGCCUCCUGCAACUGGUUCAUCUUCCUCCAGGCUGACAUCUGGAGAGGUAUCUGGGGAAGUGUCCAGGGGAGUCAUCACAGUUAGACUGGUCAAACAAUUUUAACCCAUUCAUUGAAAGGUGUUCCCAAUUAAUUGGAUAGCAAAAUUUUAAACUUGAUAAUUUUAAAUAAAGGUUCCUCUCUAAACAAUAGAUGGCCAACAUCUUAGGAAAAAUUACCUUCUCUUCCCGUGCUUUUAAGCAGUGCCUACAUGCAUUGUCUAAAACAGAGCCUUGGUAGUACAGUAAUGAUUUUGAAAAUCCAUCUUAACUUCCUGAUCUAAAGAUGAAUGUUUUCCAUUUGUAGUAUUUAUGUGGAAGAUGAGACUGAGAGAUACAUAAAACUAUAACUUAGUGGAUUUCAGAAAUACAACAAACAACUCUUUCCAGAUUCUACUGUUUUGUAGCAAACUUAAAACCUAUGGCAAAUCUAUAAAGCUGUGAUUGCCUUUGUUAUUUUUUGAAGAGAAGAAUCCAGAUAUUUCUGUGGCAAAAAUAUUAAAUAGGGAGACAGAUUCCUUUUCCAAUGACAUCAUUCCAGUCCAGAUUGGAAGCUUGCUCUUAUUUCACAGGUAACUUUACUCAACUGCAAGACAGCUACUUGUCUUGCCCAAGACUUUUUCCAACUUGAAACAGGAUGGCCCAUAAAUCUCUGCAAUAUCUCAAAGGCUUUGGCCUGUCCAUUCAUAUGGUCACACUAGAUCAAAACCAGUCUGAUAUGACAUGAUUUUAAUGACAGUCUGACUGGAGAAACUUUAAGAAACUGUAAGAAAGCAGGGAAGUUACUUCUAUAUAUUAAUCUACAUAAUCCUGACUUAAAUUUUGGACUGUAAUCCUUCAUCCAUAUGGUUCACUGAAAUGUAGUAUAAAUUAUUCAAUAUCGCUGAUAAGGCUUUGAAAAAUGAUUGGGAAGAUGUGCUUCAUGAAGGUACAGCAUUUUUGCUAUUCAUUAAACUACCCUGACAUUUUUCAGACUUCCAGGCAUAGCUCAAGCAAAAGUCUGAAAAAGGUCCAACGGCUUUAAUGAUUAACGGUUUUAUCGUCCUAAAAUUGCAGCCACCACCCAAUAGUUGGCAGAGCAACCUAGGGUUGUACUAACUUAUCAGCUCAGACAAAUGUUCAAUUUUAAUUCUGUUGUAAAAGGAACCGGGACUCGAAAAGCCACACAAGUAGCUUUGCACACUCAUGAGGAUUUGAGAUGUUUGUUUCAGCAGCCGACCAGCAGGUCAAAAAAGCACAGCAUUUUUGAGAAAGGAAGAUGUUUCAAAAGCUGAAUGUAAUACAGGAGCAGAGGGAGAGGGAUCUGGUGACAGUUUGAAACUGAAGACAGAGGUGAAGUGGCCCGGGCAACAUGCCUGCAGCAGUUCAUUCUUUCAUGUACUUGUAGGAAGUGUUUGUUAUCCCCUUCUCAUAUCACCUUCUCAAAAGUAAGCCAGCGAAGAGGUUGUGAUAACAAGGAGGAGCAAUCAGCAGAUGAUGUCCAUGACUUUCACGCAUACCUGAUCGUGUAAGUUGUAGGUGUGUUGCUCAAAAUAAACUUAGCAUCCUUCGGGGAAAUAUGAAAUCUGCUAGCAUGUCUCCCAUAGUUCUUUGGAAUUGCAGAUUCAUUUAGGACAAUCAUUUAGGACAAUUCAUUCAUUUAGGACAAUCUUAUAAAGAAGAAGAGGCAACAUAUGCAACAUUUCUGUCAUGCUCCCAGCAGGACAUGGGAGUAAUAGCAUUCUCCCAUGUUUAUACCAAGCAACUAAUAAAGCAGAGGCACACUGCUUCUUCUCCUGAAGAUAGUACUCUAUAUAUGUUUCAAAAAUGUUUCAGAAGAAUGGCUUUGAAUCAUGUGCAAGCACAAUUACAAAAUCUUUGAUUCAUUACACAGUAGCUUUCCUAGGUUCUCAGGUUGCUUACAUGAGAUGUGGCUGCUUUAGAAGCAUAGAAUCCAGUGGUGGGAUUCAGCCAGUUCGCACCACUUUGGGAGAACCCGUUGUUAACUUUCUGAGCAGUUUGGCGAACUGAUUGUUGGAAGAAAUCAUUAGGGCAGAAAACCGGUUGUUAAAUUACUUGAAUCCCACCACUGAUAGAAUCAUAGGGCUGGAAGGGAUCUCUUUAAUGAAUGUAAUUCUUGAACGAAUGAUAGAGAGCUGCUGUGUUUCUGUGAAGUCCAAAGCAGUUCUUCUGAACUAUAGGUGAAGCAUGCCUAACCUAGAAGACAUAAUUAUGAAUGGCCUGAAGAAAUGAAUUCAAUGAAUUAUGUAACAAAAGAUUCCUUUUAUCUAUCCUGCAGAAUUUCAUAAAGUGUUCAUAAGCCAAUGCCUUUCUAUUUAAUACCUUGCUUAUUCAUACGUUUGUUUGUAAUGUUUAGUUUUUAUUAUCACAUUAAUAUUCUACUGAAGUGUGAUAAAAGAUGUGAUUCACCCCACAAAUGAUAAAUCUCUGAUGGUAACUAUUCUCUCUCUCUCUCUCUCUCCCUCCCUCCCUCCCUCUCCCUCUCUCUCCUGAGUUCGCAGAUUGUGACAAAAUGAGUAAAUUAUGGAUUAGAAAUUGUUUUAAGCCAAUACGCAUGACUGAUUGAUUACAAUGAAAGUGAAAAAAAAUCUGUUUGAUAAAUGGCACUGCAAAAUGUUGAGUUAUGGUAGUUUGCAAUUUCGUUUUUAUUUUUUAAUUAUGAGAUGCACAACUAGGUAAGCAACUAGAGGACUAUUUAUGAUGCAACAGAGUGAUUUUUAUCCACAAAGCUGUUCCACCGGACAGGAGACAAAUAUACUAUGGGGAGAAUAAAUUGAAUUCUUUUCUUUA